AGUGAAAAUAACUCCCUCUUUCUUUACUCUGUCAGUUUGUGGAAAAAACAAAGAAAAAGAAAUAAUUAGAUAUGUUUUUGUGCACCACAUUAAAAAUUAAAAACAAAUUAAAAAAGUAGGAAAAACGGGCGGCAGGGUAAUAGCCCAUAGUUUCGACCGCCCUCUUGAACCUAGACAUUUAUCAGUUUGUGAUAAUCAAGGACUGGACUGCUAAGUUCGGAUUGAAUUUAGGAAGGAAGCUUACAGAGAUAGAGAGAAGUGUGGUCGGCGAUCGAAGAGAGGAAGGUUCUAGAAAUCAGAAUGCCGGGCGUGAGAGGUCCCUCCGAUUACUCCAAAGAACCACCUCGACAUCCUUCCCUCUAUAUCAAUUCCAAGGAACCGUUUAAUGCAGAGCCACCGCGUUCGGCUUUGUUCCGGUCGUAUGUGACUCCCGUGGAUUUGUUCUACAAGAGAAAUCACGGUCCAAUUCCUAUGGUUGAUGACAUUGAAAGUUAUUCUGUGUUGAUAUCUGGUUUGGUUGAGAAGCCCAAAAAGCUGUCCGUGAAGGAUAUCAGGAUGCUUCCCAAGUAUGAAGUCACCGCCACAUUGCAGUGCGCAGGUAAUAGAAGAACAGCUAUGAGCAAAGCCAGAAAAGUGAGGGGAGUUGGUUGGGAUGUCUCUGCUAUCGGAAAUGCUGUCUGGGGUGGUGCCAAAUUGGCUGACGUUCUUGAACUUGUGGGAAUACCUAAGUUGUCAAGUUCCAGUAAAUCGGGAGGAAAACAUGUGGAAUUUAUUAGUGUUGAUAAGUGUAAGGAGGAAAAUGGAGGACCUUAUAAGGCAUCUAUUCCACUAAUUCAGGCUACAAGCCCUGAAGCAGAUGUACUGCUUGCUUACGAGAUGAAUGGAGAGCCUCUUAAUAGGGAUCAUGGAUAUCCGUUGCGUGUUGUUGUCCCCGGUGUUAUUGGUGCACGCUCUGUUAAGUGGCUUGAUUCUAUAAAUUUAAUUGCAGAAGCGUGUCAGGGUUUCUUUAUGCAAAAAGACUACAAAAUGUUUCCACCUUCUGUCAAUUGGGAUAACAUUAAUUGGUCUACCAGGAGGCCGCAAAUGGAUUUCCCUGUGCAGAGUGUAAUUUGUUCUUUAGAGGAUGCAAAUGCAGUGAAGCCUGGAAAGGUAACAGUUAGUGGAUAUGCAGUAUCAGGAGGUGGUCGUGGUAUUGAAAGGGUAGAUGUGUCUUUUGACGGUGGGAAAACCUGGGUGGAAGCCUCGAGAUUCCAGAAGUUUGGCAUCCCAUAUGUCGCCGAUGAUGAAAGCAGUGACAAAUGGGCUUGGGUGCUUUUUGAAGCCACGGCUGAUGUCCAACGCAGCACCGAGAUUGUCGCAAAAGCAGUGGAUGUAGCAGCAAACGUCCAACCUGAGAAUGUGGAAGACAUUUGGAACUUGAGAGGGAUACUCAACACUUCAUGGCAUAGGGUUCAAGUUCGAGUUGGUCACUCAAACAUGUAGAUCAAACUUAACAAACUUGAAAAGAGAAAAUAAAAAUAAAAAUAAAAACAGUUUUGAACAUGUGGAAAGUGUGGACAUGGUUUUUGUAUUGUAUCUUCUCAUUAUGUGCAUGUAGUUUGCUGGCAAUAUGGCCAUCUGGGUUGGCUUAUUGCAUCAAUCUCAAGUUCGGGCCAGACUUUUACUCAUUUUGGUUUGAAUAAUCAAUAAAGUUGUAGGGACGCGUCCAAUUAAUAAUGCAAUUCCUAACAGUCGGACAAGUUUUG